UCUUCGCCGACUAAAAGCAGUCAACGAUGUUCAACUGGUUAAAGACCCGCCUAUGAACACGCAGAGAAAGUGCACGUCAAAACAUCGCUUAUGAAUAUGAGACCAAAAGUAACUUUAACUUGCCAAACCCCUGCUUUAGUUCAAAGACAAACAGGUUUUGUAACACGUCAAAAUGGCAAAUCUAAAAGAUGAUAUAAUUAAAUUUUGCUGUGAAAUCUCCGCAAACAAGAAGAUAAAAGCGGCAUUUAAAAACUCAGCGAAAGGAGCUGCAGUUGCUGCAGGAACUGCUUUUGUUGGAGGGCUGAUCGGUGGUCCAGCCGGUUUAGCUGUUGGUGGUGCUGUGGGAGGUGUGCUGGGAGCAUGGAUGACCAGCGGCCAAUUCAAGCCUCUUCCUGAGAUCCUCAUGGAAAUGACUCCUACACAGCAGAAGCAAUUGUACUCUGAUGUCAUGGCCAUAUUGGGUACACUGAAGUGGACUGACCUUCCUCAGCUAAUUGCUCAAGUUAAUAGGAAUGCCUCUCUACAUGAGCAGGUGCUGGGUGCCAUACUCAAUUUUACUAAAAACCAACUCAAGGCUGAAGUGCGGUAUGAAGACUGAGCGCUGGAGAGAAGGCUAAAUGUCACUGAUUAGGUUUAGGUUUUAUCUCUUUAAUGCAUUACUUUAUCUUUUACUGUGGGAUACUUAGGUUUAGCCAUUGAUUUUAAACUUUUUAUAACUUUUGAACUACCUACUUUUAUGUUAGAAAUAAGUAUAUAGACGUUAGGGUAUUUAUAGCUGACUACUGCUAGUUCUAAAUAUAUUAAUGCCAGAAGAAUAUGGUUGAAACACUGGCUUAUUUGUUUCAGAAGUUUAAGUGCUUAGGGACAAACUAGAAGAACAAGUUGCUAGUAGUUUGCAUUCUUCAUGU